AUGUGUACAAGUGUCGAUUAUUUUCUUCAUGAUUAUCUGGCAAUUACUGGUCAAACAUUUUCAGAAGACUCUGUUUCUAUGUGCUAUAGUGGUGAUACAUCAAGAAGAGGUAGUGUAGCGAGUAGUCAACGAUCGUCAAUAUCAUCACUAGAAUUAUCCCGAUCGUUACAAUCACUUGUCGAUAAAACGAAUAAAAAUAAUAAUUCUAUUAUAAAACGGAUAAAAAAUUAUUUUUCCAUUAAAUUAAAACCAAACGAUAUUAAUUUAGAAGAAAAAAUUUUAAAUGAAAAAGACAAUGUGAGUCCAUCAUCUCUAUCGUCAGCAGAUAAUAUUGUAGUAUCAUUAAACAUUGAUAACGUCACGAACAAUGAUACUGAUACGACGACUAUUAAAAGGAAAAAACGUGACGAUGAUUCACUUACUGAACAAUCUUCAAAAUGUAAACAUGACGAAACAACUGAGUUGUAUGAUUAUGAAUUUUUAUUAAAACGUGCAUUUAAUAAACUAGAAAUCGAUCGUCCAGAAUUACUUCGUCAACGACAGCAACGCAUUGUUCUACCGUGUGCUCAAUUACUUAUUGGUCAAACUCGUACAAUUAUUUCAAAUUGGAUGGCUUAUCAUAAAUUAUGUAAACUAGUCAAUCGUGAUAUUAAAUAUUUUCAACAAUAUUUAGAAGAAAUCUAUGAAUGUCAAUCAUCAGUAAAUAAAAAUCAACAAUUGAUAUUGAAUGUUAGAACAAAUACUCAACAAAUGAAUAGAACAUUAAAUAAAUUUUUAAAUGAAUAUGUUUUGUGUAAAUCGUGUCGAUCAGCGAAUACACAUUUAUUGAACAAAAAUCGAUUAUUUGUUGUUGAAUGUCAACUAUGUGGAAGUCAAACAACGGUUAAAAAAUUAAAAUGGAAAAAUACUAAUCAAAAGGAAAAUUAUGAUUAA